UAAUCGGUCACACUUCAUAAAAUAAUAUUUGCAAAGAAAGUUUACUAUGGUCGGAUCAAAUUUUGGCAUUAUCUAUCAUCCGAGUGCUGGUGGCGGCUCAUCUGGUCAAACCAACACUGGCAGCGGCACAGCUUCUGGAGCCAGCGGUGGUAAUAAUUUCAAUGCGGGCGGCGAUCGUUCUGCACCAGCAUCGCAUCUAAGCGAUUUUAUGUUGCAACUAGAGGACUACACACCUCUGCUGCCUGAUGCUGUCACUUCGCAUUAUCUGAAUAUGGGCGGCUUUCAUGCUGAUGACAAGCGCAUUGUUCGACUGAUCUCUAUAGCAACUCAGAAAUACAUGUCGGACAUCAUUGAUGAUGCACUGCAGCAUUCGAAGGCGCGCACACACAUGCAAAACUCAAAUGCACCCGGUGGAUCAAAGGCUAAGGAUCGCAAAUUUACCUUAACCAUGGAAGACCUGCAGCCAGCUCUAGCUGACUACGGCAUUAAUGUGCGAAAAAUGGACUAUAGUCAGUAAGCAAUUCGGCAAUUUACAUAUUAAGUUAUUUUAUUUAAGUUACAUUUCUCAAAUAAAAGGAAAACUUCCAAGAUUGCGCUCUUGUGAUCGAGCUCCAAAUAAACAUUGACAAAAAUUCGUUUGAUGUCACAGAACUUAAA